AGUGAGUUUCAAGUACCGUAGCGAUGCUAAUGCACGUUCUCAGUUGUGUGUUCUCUAUAUGUCUUGUUGAAGUAAGACAGGAUGCAAAGGCUGUAAUUGAUCCUUGCAUAGCCACUCAUGUGCUGUAUAUGAAUAGUUAUUUGCUAUUCAUGGGCUGUGAGUUACAGUACAUUGUAUUUCUUGAUGCAAGUGAUAUGUAUGUGUAACCGGAACAAAGGCUGAGGCAACCUGGUCACUGCGAGCCAAUGUUAUCUAUAUGUAUGAUGGUUAAUGUAUAUUCGCCAAGGUUAUUCCUGUACUUUUUUUUUUUUUUAUUCCUGUACUUUUGACAAUGCGCUGACAGCUGUUAUGCCACACGUUACAAAGAAUUGCUGGUUCUUAUCAGAGGCGAUUAAUGACUUGUUCCCCUGUUGAUGUGCAGAAUAAAUCCUGCAGUUGAAUUGUAAACAAGUUAAUGAUCUGUGCCUCUUUAUUUCAAUAUACAGCUGCGGGAUCUAGGAUUGCACCCCUCCCAGGCACCUGUCACACCAGGGGGGCAACACAUACUCUGUCUCUUUUCAUAUGUGUGUGUGUGUAUGUUUCAUAAAACAACAUUUUAAUGUUAAUGGCCAAUCCUUAAUAUGUUUAAACGGCUCCUCAGAAUCUCAGCAGAGCCGGCUCGCCAGCAUCAAAGCCAAAGCCGACAAGGUGUACAGCUUCUCUGACAACGCACCCAGCCCGUCCAUCGGCGUGGCCAGCAGGAUGGAGGCUGGCCUGGCGCCCACGCUCCACAUGGACCAGAACGGAGCCGACAACACGUCGGUCAAGACCGGUAGCCCUGCCCACUCUGACAUCUCUGAUGCUGGGGAGGACGGCGAGGGUAAGGCGGGGGGGGGGUAAAGGUCAAGCCAGAGCCUGACCAGGGACCUCGUGAGGGUGUCAAGAAGACGCUGUUUCCCCCUCAGGCGUCCAAUAAAGAUUCUCCGCACUACCCCAGCUACGACGCCUACUACUCCCCCACCUACGCCAACAGGGGUGGAGUCGGGCCGAGCGGCGAGUGUCGAAGCCGCCAUGUGGUACAGACAGGAGCCCAACUCGCGUCUGUGGUCCUCCGUCUACCCCAGCAAAUACUCGGAGGCUCCGAAACCGCAGGAGGACGACAGGUGGAAGGAGGAGCGGGACAGGAAGGUGAAGGAAGAGAGGCUGUGGCCCAAGGAGAGCCUCCAGAAAGAUGAGUCGGCAAAGGAGGCUCGGAGGGCAGGACACAGCUGGCCUCCGAGGAGCUCCACGGGGGCGGGAAGGAGGCGCGCCGAGCCACCCCGGGUACAGAGGCAUGCCCUCGGUCAUGAUGCAGAAUUACCCAGGCUGCCAGCCAGUUACUACGCUUCCUCAUACGGCGGGAAGGUGGUCGCAGGCGAGGACGGCGAGAAGCCCUCCAGGUCAAGUCCGUCUGUGAAGCUGUCCAGUGAGGCCAAAGAUCUGGACCUGCUGCAGCUGCACGACAGCCAGUACAAAAGCAAGUCGCUGUCCAUCCAGGACAGCAAGACGCCGCAUGAGCGGGAGCGGGAGAGAAAGGGAGGGCGACCAGCCACGCUCCUCGCCCUCGCAACGCAUCAGUCCCAUCACCACCUGGGAUACCCUCUGUACGACCUGUCCUACCCCUCAGGCACACUUGAUUGGCCAGCCUCUAUGCCUCUCAGAGUCAUGUGACUGGAUCAAGUGAAGAAGCGUUUUUGUUUCCGUGACAUCAGUUCAUGGUGUUCUGUGUAUGUUUGACAUCUCUGCCUGGACGUCCAGCCGACUGCUCUGACCCUUGCUGGACCGGAUCCUGGUCCCGUUUGGUUUUGCCGGUUCUGGGCGGUCCCGUUAGCCAACAGGUGCUGCUGGGAUGCAGGUGGGCAGAAUUCACAGUGACGUACCUGCAGGGACGACUGGGCACUCUGUCAUUUUACGGCACUCGGAUUGGGUUUUUAUGUCCUGCGGUGACGUCUGACCUCUUUUAGAAGGACGGGCUCAGCUCUGGAUGACAUCACACCAUUACCUGGAUGCAUUUCAGCUUCACGUGAAAUAAAGAGAACACUGUGGAUGAAGGGGGGCCGGCCUCCUACUCUUCUUUUUGUCUGGUAGGCUGUGCCUCUGUUUUUCUACUGCUGUUGAUCUGAUAUUAAACCUGUAGCUGGUGGAGCAGUG